AUGGAGGUGGUGGAGAUUUGUAGUAAUGGUGGGGUGGAGACUGGUGCACAUAUAGAGGAGGUGGUGAAGGAGAUGGUGGUGGUAGUGACUUAUGGACAUGCGGUGGUGGAGGAGACGGAUGUGCUGCUGGUGGAGAGGGUGGUGGAGGAGAUUUAUGAUCAUAAGGUGGGCUUACUUGGUUAUAUGGUGGUGUUGGAUAUGAUGGUUGGCCACAAUAAGACUUAUCAUCAGCACCAGCACAGAUAG